CCAACGAACGUGUUUCCGUUUUGUUUUUCUAAAUAUGGCAGCGUCCUCCGCUUGCGAUUUGGUUGUUAAAUAUGAGGUUUUGAGGGCCCAGAAUCUGUUGGAAGAGAAAGCGAGGCGACAGUGGCCUCAAAAAUGGGCGGUUUGCCUCAAUUUCGAUAAGGUCCUAUCAGAAACGAUUCGGGAACACGGUUUAACCAGGGAAGAAUACGACAGGAGAACUCGCUUUAAAAAACCAAAAGGCAACUUAGAACCGGACAUUUGGCCAAUAAAACCGAGCAACCGUAUACCAAGAACAUCUUCAGGAGUGAUAGGCUGUAGGGCCUACAAAGAAUAUUCCCUAGAAAAGUUCGGACCGUUAUACCUCAGCCCCAAGCUGACCCUACCUUACGACCCACCGUACCAUUCAAUCUAUUUAGCAACAACUAGAGUAUAGAGUUUUAUACAACUAGAGUUCGUACUAGAGUUUU